CUCUGCCAUCCCCAUAGUGUCCCCAUAGUACCAACAUCGCCCCCAAAAGGAUGCAGACUGAUGCUCGGGGUGGGUUAUAUCUUAAACCAGUCGUAAAAUCUCCAGAUUAGCCAUCUUCAGUCGGUCAGCACCAGAGAAAGUGGGCGUCGGCCAUUCGCGUCAUUUGCUGUAGCCGCGGCUGCUCCUGACUUCAAAUUGCACUGGAACGACUGUAAGACUGUAAUCGGAUGAUUCAACGAGGGCGGUGCCAAGCAAGGACAGAGCAUUGACAAUCUAAAGUCGGCGGACUAGUAGUAACAUUUACGUUAGUUAGCUAGUAGCAUCGGCUAGGAAGCCAAGAAACAGGCUAACUUGAUCAAAUUGAUUAGUCUCUGGCUGAGUCGCAUUUUACUGUAGCUAUACAUAAGAUAGACACGCGAAUAACGAAGUGUUGACUUCUGCGUUAUAUGCCACACAGCUGAAAUAUCUGUCAUACAUUCUAAAAGAAAAAACAAACACCUUAAUAUGGAGACUGAGAUACAUGUGCCGGUCGGCUCACCCAUAAUCAGAAAAUUCCCAAUUUUUGUGGACGAACAUAACGUCAUAGAUGGCGCAAUGAAACUCAUGAAAGAGCUGCGACCGGCAUGGGACAUGAACCUUGUCAAAACCAAGCUCUUCACAGAGGGAACGACCAACAAGCUGGUAGGCUGCCACAUGGAGGACUCCCCGGAGGAUGUGGUGCUGGUGCGGGUGUAUGGGAACAAGACGGAGCUGAUCGUGGACCGGGACAACGAGCUGAAGAGCUUCCAGGUCCUCCAUGCCAACGGCUGCGCCCCUCGCCUCUACUGCACCUUCCAGAACGGCAUCUGCUACGAGUUCAUGCAGGGCGACGCGCUCGGGCCUCAGGACGUCCGAGACCCCACCCUGCUCAGGCUGAUUGCCGGGGAGAUGGCGCGAAUCCACGCUAUCCACGCGCACAAUGGCUGCAUUCCCAAACCCAACCUGUGGAUCAAAAUCAGGAAGUACUUCAGCCUGGUGGCCACAGAGUUCACCGACCAAGCCUCUAACACCAGAAUUCAACAGGAAGUCCCAAGCCAGGAAGUGUUAGAAGAGGAGAUGGCCUGGAUGAAGGAACACCUGUCCCAGCUGGGCUCUCCCGUGGUGCUGUGUCACAAUGACCUGCUGUGUAAGAACAUCAUCCACAACAUUAAAGAAGGUCAUGUGCGGUUCAUAGACUAUGAGUACUCCAGCUACAACUACCAGGCCUUCGACAUCGGGAACCACUUUAACGAGUUUGCAGGCAUGAGUGAGCUGGACUACAGCCUGUACCCUAGCAGGGAGAUGCAGCUGGAGUGGCUGCUCGUUUACCUGAGGGCCUACAAACGGUUCACCAAGAAGGGCGGAGACGUCAGCCAGCGGGAGCUAGAGACACUCUACGUCCAGGUCAACAAGUUUGCCCUGGCCUCCCAUUUCUUCUGGGGCUUCUGGGCUCUCAUUCAGGCCAAGUAUUCUAGCAUCGACUUUGACUUCCUUGGGUACGCAGUGCUGCGCUUCGACCAGUACUUCAAAACCAAGCCGGAGAUCAUGGCCAUGAAGAUACCAGAAUGAUGGGACCUCACUGCUCGGGACUGUGGCUCCGACACUGACUCUUUCACCCUGAGAACAGAAGCACUUUUUCUGAAGGAGAAGGCAGGG